AUGAUUUUGCAUUUCAGGGGAGGAGGCUGCUUUGUUUACCAACAGUCCUCCUCCCUGUCAGCUUGGGCACACUGCACUGGAUGGCUGAGCAGAGCCAUCCAGAGCAAUGUGCUUUACAGUGAAGCACACCCACCCCCCAGUAAAAUACUCCCAGCACACAGUUAACCCUUUGAUCACCCCUCAUUGUUAACCCCUUCCUGCCCAGUGCCAUUAGCACAGUGUCAGUGCUUUUUUUUUCUUUUUUUUUCUUGACACUGUAUUGGUGUCACUGGGGAUGUCAGUGACACCAAGUCAGUUCCCCCCAGUGUCAGAAUGUCCCCCGCAGUCCCGGUAUAA